UUAUCUGUGUAGGAAGUUACAAAAGUACUCAGAUUUCUGGGUUUAUUUUGUUUCUUUUUUAUGCCUAUGUGGGCAGAAGUUGUUUUGAACAGUCUGGAUUUUGCAACUGGAGGCUGAAACAAGGCAUCAUGAAGCUGGAGAUUCCAGAAACUUUUGAAGAUGUUGCUGUGGACUUUUCAAUGGAAGAAUGGAAGAUGUUAACCAAAUGGGACAAACUGCUAUACCAGGAGGUGAUGGCACAGAACUUUGAUCACAUGGUGUCUAUAGGAUAUGAUAUACCAGUAGAACAACUGCUAUCAUAUAUUGAGAAACCUGGUGAACUUCCAUUUCAUGUGAAGGUAGAAGAUAUGACGAUGCUUCAGACAGAUCUUCCUGAAGUCCCACUAAGCAUCAACAGGUGCGUGAAUCACAGUGAGCUUGAAAAUAAUCAGUUAUCAGUCCAGAAUCAUCUCAACUCUAAAUAUGACUUUCCAGAUACAAUACAAGCACACAUUGAAGAGAAAAUGUAUGUUGGUAGUUUUGCAUUUAAACCUGCCAUUAAACUACAACAGAGAAUUCGCACUGGAGAUAAACUCUAUAAGUGUUAUACAUGUAACAAAAUCUUUAUACAUAAGAAGAUCCUUUCAGCGCACAAGAAAAUACAUACCGUCAAGAAACCUUAUAAAUGUGGAAUAUGUGACAAGAGUUUUGCAUGGAAGGCUAACGUUUUAACACACAAAAAAGUACACACAGGAGAGAAGCCAUAUAAAUGUGCUGUGUGUGGCAAAAAUUUCACAUGGAAGAACAACCUCCUAGCACAUCAGUAUAUACACUUGGGCGAGAAACCAUAUAAAUGCACCACAUGUGGCAAGAGUUUUACACAAAAGGGUGCCCUUUCAAGUCAUGAAAGAAUUCACUCUGGAGAGAAACCGUACAAAUGUUUCACUUGUGGUAAGUGUUUUGCACAGAAAUCUUCCCUUUCAGCACAUGAGAAAAUACAUACUGGGGUUAAAUCAUACAGAUGUGCUACAUGUGGCAAGAGCUUUACACAAAAGGUUACUCUUUCAAAACAUGAGAAACUACAUACAGAGAAGCGAUACAAAUGUGUCAGAUGUAAUAGGACUUUUACAGACCAGACUGAACUUUUAGCACAUGAGAAAAUGCACACUGAAGAAAAACCAUAUACAUGCAUCACUUGUGAGAAGAGAUUUAUAAGGAAGCAUAAUCUUUUAGCACAUGAGAAAAUGCAUGUAGUAGAAAAGCCAUAUAAAUGUGCCACUUGUGAUAAGAAUUUUCCAUCAAAGAUUAGCCUUUCAGUACAUGAGAAAGUGCACAACACAGAAAAGCCAUAUAAAUGUAACAAAUGUUACAAGAGUUAUACAAUGAAAGCUACCCUUAAAAAUCAUCAGAAACUACACACGGGUGAAAAACCAUAUAGCUGUGCUACUUGUGACAAGAGAUUUCCAAACAAGUCUAAUCUUUUCAGGCAUGAGAAAGUACAUGCAACAGAGAAAUCUUGUAAAUGUUCCACAUGUGGCAAGAGCUUUAAAUCUAAGAGAUAUCUCUCAGAACAUGAAAAAAUACACACUGGAGAGAAACCACAUAAAUGUGAAAUAUGUGGUAUGAGUUUUGCACUUAAGUUUACCCUUUCAGCUCACGAAAGAUUACACACUGGAGAGAAAAGGAAAUUGAAAGACCACCAAAAAAAGAAGAAAUAGAUACAUUUUGGAGGAGCCUCUAUGAAGAUCCUUUGGAACAUAACAAAGAUGCUAAAUGGAUAGAAGAAGUAAAAGAAAGAAUAUUAAGCUUAA